AUGGACCGGUUAGCCGGUGUAGGAGGUAGUGCUGGUAAGUUCCAAUUCCCAAACGUCAACAAGAAACGGUUUGCAGUGGGGGUUCCUAACAUCAGCCUAGCAGCACAUCUCCACCAUGGCGGAGGUGCGUCGGAGGCGGAUGAAGUAGAAUACGACCGCCUUCGGGCCCGUAAGUGGCUCCCCACCAUUUACUGUGCUGCCUAGCCAACACCCUCCGCCACGGUAGUCGCCCGCGGACGAGCCCGCCUGCGCACAGACUGUUUCACCCGCUCCCGCGAAGCCUACGCCAACGGCCACGGUGCAGCAGCCCGCGACCUGAGUGAGGCCGGCAAGCGCCAUAGAGCCUCCAUGGAAAGAUACAACGCCCAAGCCCGCGACUACAUCUUUCGUGCCAAUAACGUGCAUUUACCCUCGGAUACCAUAGACCUUCAUCGGUUGCACGUCGAGGAGGCCAUCGAGAUCCUCGAAAAGAGGAUCGAUGCGGCGAGGGGCAGGGGGGAGGGAUACUUGAAUGUUAUUGUGGGCAAGGGGAACCAUUCGGCGGGUGGGGUUAGGAAGGUUGGGCCUGCGGUUAUGGAAUUGUGCAGACAGCGGGGGCUGGAGGUUGGGGAGGAGGCAGGAAAUUGGGGGAAGUUGAUUGUUGUGCUUGGGGAGGGCAGGGGUGGAGAGCAGGGUUGUGGAAGGUAUGCCCAAUAUUAUCCAGAAGCUCCAGGGUUUUUGUAUCGUUGGUUGAUCUGGCAGCAGAGCAUAAGUGCUCGAAUGUUCCUGUUAUAG